AGCUUAUUCUACUCAACUUCUCCAAGCUGCCCAAUCACUGUACACAUUUGCUGUCACCUACAAAGGAAAAUAUAAUUCUAAAUAUUAUACAUCGAGUGGUUAUAAAGAUGAACUAUGUUUAGCUGGUGCCUGGUUGUUCAAGGCUACUGGUAAUCAGACGUAUUUAAACGAUGCUAUACUAUAUCAUGAAACCAAUGUUCCUGUAGGUUUAGACUGGAGUAAUGGUCUGGCAGCUUGUCAGUUAAUGCUGUAUGAAUUAACUCAUGGUGAUAUGUAUAAAGUUGAAAUACAGAAUUUCCUGAAGACAUGGAAGCCUGGUAGUUCAACACCGUACACACCGUGUGGUAUGGCGUAUUUUGAUAAAUGGGGAACUUGUCGGCAUGCUGCGAAUGCAGCAUACGCUGCCAUAUGGGCAGCAGACCUGGGUAUUGAUGCUACAGAAAAUCGUCAAUGGGCCUUGAGUCAAAUCAAUUAUAUCCUUGGCGAUAAUAAUUAUAAAAUGAGUUACGUCAUUGGUUUUGGUUCCAAAUAUCCCGUGAAACCUCAUCACAGACCCAGUUCUUGUCCAGAUUUGAACAUCUUCUGUGGUUGGAACGCCUUCAACAGCACAGCUCCCAAUCCCCAUCUGUUAGUGGGAGGUUUGGUUGGUGGACCUAAUCUGAAGGAUGAAUGGGUUGAUGACCGUGGUGAUUACGUUAGAAAUGAAGUAGCUCUGGAUUACAAUUCGGGACUACAAUCUGCUUGUGCAGGUUUGGCUCAUCUGUGUAUUACUGAUGAACUACCUCCUUUACCACCGAUUAAUACAUGUUAAAAUGACGAAGAUAACAGAAGUCCUUGUUUAUUUUCAAUAAAAUGUGUUCGUAU